ACGAUGACACUGACCCACUUCCAAAUUUUGCAAGUCCGCCUCCUUCAAAACGUGGCUGAUGACCUUAGAGGAUUUCUUUGUUUGCUUUUCCUAUUCUAUUUCAUUUGGAAGCGAAUGAAGGAUCCUCUGACAGGAAGCUGUCACUUGUGUAGAAUGAUGUGAUAUAUUAGAGGUACUUCCAUCACGCUGACCCUUCUUGGUGAUACGAAUCUUUGGGUAGCAAGUGCUCUCUGCUCCUAAGACUGUGGAAAUGUCACCGAAAUCUGGGAGACCUGCAGAGAUCAGCGGAAUCUGUCACAGUGGUAGAUCUGUCCGGCCAACGUCGCGUCCACACUGGCUGCUGUCCCCAAAUCGCGGAGUCUGUCUUCCCCUGGAAAAACUGGCCCAAAUCCUUUAUAUCGCUAAACAGCAUUUCCAGGUGCCAGGCGGAGCGAGUUUGCUCCUCUCUGAAACCCGAGUUUUUUAAUCCGAGGGGCCGAGCGCGGCAGCUCAGUAGGCGCACGAGGGCCGGACCCCUUCCGUUUCAGGUGUCCGGUCUUCCGGCCGCCGGACUGGCAAGCAUGAAGCUCCUGUGCUUGGUGGCUGCGGUCAGCGGUUUGCUGGCGCCACCAGCCCAAGCCAACAAGAGCUCUGAGGACGUCCGGUGCAAGUGCAUCUGCCCGCCCUACAGAAACAUCAGCGGACACAUUUACAACCAGAACGUGCCGCAGAAGGACUGCACCUGCCUGCACGUGGUGGAGCCCAUGCCCGUGCCCAGCCGUGACGUGGAGGCCUACUGCCUGCUGUGCGAGUGCGAGUACGAGGAGCGCAGCACCGCCACCAUCAAGGUCAUCAUUGUCAUCUACCUGUCGGCGGUGGGGGCCCUGCUGCUCUACAUGGCCUUCCUGAUGCUGGUGGACCCUCUGAUUCGGAAGCCGGACGCGUACACGGAGCAGCUGCACAAUGAGGAGGAGAGCGAGGACGCCCGCUCUGCGGCUACUGCCACGGCCCCCCGCGGAGCUGCCCGGGCCAACACCGUCCUGGGGCGCGUGGAGGGCGCCCAGCAGCGGUGGAAGCUGCAGGUGCGGGAGCAGCGGAAGACGGUGUUCGACCGGCACAAGAUGCUCAGCUAGGCCAUGCCGGCGCAGGCGCCAGGGCCACCGGUUCCCGCGUAGGACAGCAUGAGGGACAUGCCUCCCCUCCCUGGCACCACCGACUGGGUCUUCCCUGUGAAGGCCGUGGCGUUUUUCUUCUGGAGAAGCGUUCUCUGCUGGCUGAGUCGGAAGGCGACGGGUCCUGGUCCCUAGCUUGCCUGCUCCGGUCUCUGGUUGAGGGCAGGGGCCGGCAGGCGGGGGGAGUGGGGCCCGGGGUGUCCUAGUGGCAGGGGCUCUGCCCGUCCUGGUUCCACCCUUGCUGCCCUUCUAGCUCCAAAUCUUAGGACUCUUCUGGAAGGUGGAGCUGGGCCGGCAGGACUCGGCGUCAGGGAGGGGACAGCCAGCCAGCCUUCCGCGUGUGCCCCCUCUGCUGUGCGCCUUGUGGCCACCUUCAAGCCGAGCUCGGCCUGGCCCCACCGUGGUCUUAGGGCACACCUGGCCGCUUGUCUCCUGCUCCCUCGCACGGACGCGUGGUGGUGCCCGGGCCCCUCCCCCUCCGUUCCUGAGCCACGUGACGCAAGGCCGAGCUGUGGCCUGAGUGCCAUAGCCCCUGCGCCUGGAUCGGCACUCGUCCCUGAGUCUCGUGCCCGCGCAUGGACACAGGCGUGUCCCCUCCGUUGUCUGUAAAUCACGGCAGCCACCAUUAAAUCGUCUUGUUUCUCUCUUUCUGAAUUUCAA